AUGAAAAAAUUAAGUCUUCUAUAUAUUGAAUAGCUUCUCAAUUAAAAUCAAAAAACAAGUUUACUCACCAUUCUCAAGAACAAUCCACAUAAAUUAGCAGUUUUGAUCUCAUCAAUAAAAAUCCGUAUAAGAACUCCAUUAAUAAAUAACAUCUAAGACAUCAUCCUAAAGAGUAUUUUUAAAAUUACAACAAGACAACAAGAAUCUAAAUUAUUAAAUCUCCUUCUCAAACAUACAAGGCUACCAAAAAAUUCAGUGUUACAAAUGCAUGUAUAUUAAAUAAAUAAUAAAUUAGUAUCAUAAUUGUAUAAAAUGAAGUCAAACAACCUGACUCAAGUAGAAGAACAUCUAAAAAAAAUUACGCUUUCUAGUUAAAAAAUCUACUUGUCAAAUUAAACCAUCUCUUUUUGACAUCAAUUAAAAUACGCUCUAUUUCUAAUCAUUUUAAGAAUCCCUACUUAAGUUACCUAACCUUAUAUUUCUCAAUAUCCUAAAACUAAUUUAAAGACUAGUCCAAAUAUUAGAUCUAUUUAUGGAGAUAGCAAUAAAUAAAAACUAUCAGAUAAGUAGCCUAAAAGAAAUAACAAGACAAAAGAUAAUUGCUCUCUAGUUAAAAAUACAAGGAAAUAUUUAAUAAAGAUCUUAAAGGAAUGCUAUUAAAAAUGAUUUCUUCGAUGAAAAAAAAUAACAACUUUUCCUUAUCAAUUUAAUAAACUAUUCAACAAUAAUUAUAAAAACCUUAAUUACCUCAAAAUGCUAUCACUGUACUCAAACAUUAACUUGAUUAAUUAUCAGAAUUUGAAAAAAAAGAAAUAAUUGAUUAUUAGACUAUCUAUUAUCUUUCUUCUAUAAAAAUAAGAUUUUUUAGCAAGAAGCUAAUGAAGAUUAACAAUAUAAUAACGGAUUAGAUAAUAGCAAAUAUAUUUUAAUUAUUAAAUCUAGUGGAGAUUACUUUUUUAAAAAAGAUUAAAUUGCUUAUCGAUAAGAAAUGUUAGAAAAAUAAGGCCAUGGAAGUUUUUGGUAAUGUUUUUAAGGUUCAUGAUCAUAAAAAUAAAUAAAAUACUACCUUAAAAAUAAAAAAAAAAUAAAAAAAAAUUUUAUAAUCAAGCUCUCAUUGA